UGACGUUGUGAAGUUGACAGGGGAAGCAGGCCGACGUACUGUAGGAAAAUUAAAAAAAGAAAAAAAAAAUCAAAGAGCACACAAAAAGACACUUGUUAAGAAGCCCUCGAUGAGACACGCCCACACACAGGCGCUGAUUAAUCAGAAAGACAGACGCUCCUUUCUCAUUCUCACUCUCACAGGCUGCUUGCUCCUGAGCCGACACCGAGCGAGCCGCAAUCAAACCUGACCAGACUUUCCAUCUUCUAACUUCAAUCGACCGAUCCAAAUGGCCGACACAAAUGUCAGCCUGCUUCCUGGCCUCUCCAACUCAACCACCUCCAACCCCACCUCGCAGUCCCAUGGGACUGGGAUAGCUAUCCUGGUCAUCGCCUUCGUCUUCGGUUUUCCCGGGAAUCUCUUCGUGGUGUGGACAGUGCUCUGCCGUGUCCAACGGCGCUCCGUUACGUGCCUCUUGGUCCUGAAUCUCUCUGUGGCAGAUGCUCUGGUGCUCCUGAGCGCCCCCUUUUUCCUGCGCCUGCUGGCUGGACCGAACGGCUGGGAGUUCGGAGACGGCAUGUGUAAGCUCGUGCACUACUUCUGCUGCGUCAACAUGUACGUAUCUAUUUAUCUGAUCUGUGUGAUGAGCCUGGACCGCUGGCUGGCUGUCAUGAGGCCCUUCCUGUCUCAGAAGCUGAGGAAGAAGAGGACGCUGUACAUCGUCAUGUUGGUGAUCUGGAUCACGGCCUUCCUCCUGGCGUUGCCCAUGCCCUUCUACCGCAGCAACCUGAAGGAUAACAAAUCCAUUUAUGUCUGCAAACCCUACCACUGGAACAGCGAUAACCAUGAACUCUUCCAGUACCUGAUGGAGACCCUGAUGGGUUUUCUGAUCCCCUUCACCUUCAUCGUGUUUUGCUACACCUCCGUCAUCUGCCGCCUGCGCAGCGCCAUGUUUCACGGGCGUAUAAAGGGCAGCUUUCUCAUCCUCAUCAUCAUCUCAGCCUUCGCUCUCUUCUGGCUUCCCUACCACGUCAUCAACAUCUUACAGGUGAUUGGUGUGCUGCAGGACCGAUCUGGACCGAUUUACAAAGUGGCGAAUUCUGUUCGUCCCAAAGUGACGGCGUUCGCGUUUCUGAGUAGCAGCGUGAACCCUUUGCUCUACGUGUUCGCCGGGAGCUCGAACAUCCGCCAGGCCGGCUGCAGCUUCAUGGCCAAACUCUUUGAAGGAACCUACUCAGAAUCCAACUCCGGACGACGUUCCACGACCUUUACCAGCAGCUCGGCCCACUCCAAGAUGUCGGUGAAAUGGCCCCAGAGUGGAGGCGUGGCUAAAAACAAGAGCUAUGUAGACGAGGAGGGGGAGGAGAUGGAGACUACCUGUAAGGAGCUUAAGACUCUAACCACGAUGCCAUGAUAUCACAGAGCGACAAUAACAUCUUGAGAAAUGUGAUCGGCGCAUUAAACGUGAUCUGGACCCUUGCAUGAACAAGCUGAUUCUCCUGAAAUAUCAGACCUAAGUUAUCUAAGCUAUUGGGCAUUAAUUAGAUUUUUAUUAUUCACUUAGAUAUGCUUUAACUUUUUUUCUUAUUAUUAUUAUUAUGCUUUAAAAAUACAGUAAGAUGGUAUAUGACUCAGGACUUAACUGGAUGCUACAGUUCCUCCGGCUGUUUGCAUGCCCGGCCGUUUGCAUGACCUGUUGCUCGAUUUGUUUGUGUAGAAAGAGAUCAGAAAGCAGAAACCACACUUUCCUUUUAAUCUGAUAAAGUUAGGGUUAGGGUUAGGGCUCGGUCGUGGUUUGGUGACAGAGUAGAAGUUGCUUUUUGAAGCCAGGGACAAUAGGGGAACCACGAGACUUAAAAGAAUAGCACAUCAUGGACACUUUGGUUACACUUCACGGUCCCUGGUCUCCACUUUGAGAACCAGGGUUCUGUGUAACUUGGUGAGAACUGGUCACUGGUGACUAUAUUUCUUUUUAAGCCACAGGAUUGUGUAAAACGCAGUGCGGAUCGGUAUGCCGUGUUAUUUCAGUAUUUCAUAUUGCAUUUUGUGCAACAGGGUGUGAGGAGAGGAAAUUUGACUCAAUAGACGCUUUUAAAAGUUUACUCACUCUAUUACAGUCAACAUCAAUUACCACAGCAAAUUCUCUUUUAGUAACAUGAUGUUUUAAUGAUUAAAAAAAAAUUCUGCAUAAAAACGUGACCUUUUAUACGAAACAACUAAUAAAAUAUUAUUAGUGAACCAAUUUCAUAUAAUAAAGAUGGGUUUUUAUAUUGACUACCUAUUAAAAAAGACUGCAGUGUUCGGGUCGCAUUAAGCGCAUGCGCAGUACAAAUUUCCGCUUGAUCGCUAUUUCUAUACUAGACCACAAGAUGGCGGUAAUGUGCAGAACAAUAGCGUGUGGCCUGCCGUUUGUGCUGCCGGAAUGUGAUGUUCCAUUUUGUUUCAGUCUUUUAAACUUCAUGCAGUUAAUUUCAGUGGAACUAAUCAAAUAAAAACGAGUGUUUGGACCAA